AUUCCUAGUGGAUCGUCAUAUGGCAACCUCCACCGCCCGUCCGGUAAACGUAAUCUUCACUAAGUCCACAAGCAAGAAGCAUUUGUGUUUGAGGUCCUGAAGAGAGAACACAUGCUGGUUCAUUACGGGACCUGUUUACGGUGGUUGAUACAAAGUCCUUUUAAUUAAGUGAAUGCCAAUGGCGCUCCCGUUAGGCCUCAUUUUGCUGGUGGUGGCCGGCAAUGGUGUGCAGGCCUAUUCAAUGAAUGAUUUUAUAUCCUACACCUCCACUUUUUGCCCUGGAUUCUAUAGCUGUCAACAGCGAAACGAAUCUGUAGAUUUUCCACAAACAUGUGAAUGCCAUGAUGAUUGUAUCAAGUACAGCACCUGUUGUUAUGAUGCUACUGCUUACGAGAAAAGAGAAAUGAAAAGAAGCCUAGAAAGAUCGAAGUGCAUUUAUGAAACAAGAAUGACGGUUAAGUGCUCAGAAGGGUGGAAAGAUGAAAAGAUCCAAGAGCUGUGCGAAAUGGCAUCUCCUCUGGAUUUCUCUUCCAGCAAGACACCUAUUCUUCAUCUUCCUGUUACGAGCAAAGUGACCAACGCUACAUAUCCCAAUUAUUAUUGUGCCAUUUGCAAUCGCGAUGCUGAACACAUCCAAGGUUGGAAGUACGAGUUUGGUUGUUCUUCCACAAAAGUGAGAUAUCUUGAUUCAAAUUUUCCACAACUGGUAAAGGAACGCAUGCUAUCAAAGCUGGAAAACUGUUCUGAUUGUAACAUGACCACCAAGAACAUCAUAAGCAAUGACUUCAAUCUUACUUUUCCGGAUGAAUCAGAAGACUGGAGAAUUUCCGUAAAGAUUGGUAAGGAAGAAAUAUCUUUCUAUUGUCAAACAAAAAUUUAUUAUAGACAGCCUAUAGACCAACCAUUAGAGAAGUGUUUCGAGGAGAUAGAUACAUGUCUUAAAAACUGGAAUGACAAAGAAGUCGAAGAUUUGUGUAAUUCCUUUAAAGGUUACAUAGAAGGAAAUUUCAGAUAUUAUAGGAAUAUCUUUUGUGCAAUUUGUAAUAAAGUUUUCCAUCCUAAACUAUGCUCUUGGAACCCUUCUGCUGAAGGCGUUGUAUUCAGAUACGAUUUUAGAAUCCUGUAUAAAGUUCCAGAAAUGACGAAUCAGGAUUUAAAAUCAAAAUGUGAAGCAGAUGAAGAUUUCUUCCCCAAUUACUGUUCUGAAGAAAAGACGACGGAUAUUUUGUGCCAGUUAUCAGAGAACCGCUACAGGGAUGGGUUCUGUAUCAAAAAAGACAAUUCCCCGAAAAGGAUUUUCGGGGAUGGGAACAACAGUAUGAAUGGAACUCAUGGGGAUAUUUUGUUGAUGGGAACUCUAGGAACAGAGAAAUCUUCCAUCCUCAGCUGGGUUACGUUUUCUCUGAUAUCAAUAUCUGUGGUGUGUCUCCUGCUCCAUUUGGCAAUCUCUGUGUUAUCGAAAGAAAUGAGGAGUCUGCCAAGAAGGAACAUGGCUUCACUUUGUAUUUCGUUACUUCUCAGUUACAUCACCUUCAUUACGGGACCUUUUCUUGAAACAAAUACAACAGCAUGCUAUGUUUCAGCUUCAGUCAUGUACUUCAGCUGGAUAGCCUCUUUCUGCUGGAUGAGUGUCAUAGGGUUUGACACAUGGUGGUGUUUUGAAAAAAUGGCUACAGACUUUCACCUUGCUCAAGGCUCUGGGUGGUUCCGGUUCCUCCUUUACUCAGUUUCUAGUUGGUUGACCUCAGCAGUGGCUCUUGCAGUCCUCAUAAUCAUUGAUCAAAUACAACCUGAAGGUAUUGACAUAUCCUUACUUCCUAAAUUAGGACGAGAGAUUUGUUGGUUUGGAGAAAAUGAGUCUUUGCAAGUGUUCUUUGUGUACCCAGUGAUUUCAUUUGUUGUCAUAAUUACCAUUCUCUUCGUUCGAACAGCCUGGAUCAUUUUUAAGUCAUCUCAAGGAAAUGGGAAUGUAACGGAGAACUGUGCCAGGAGAAAUCUUUUCAAGAUAAAUCUGAGACUCGGUGUCAUCAUGGGCAUUCCCUGGACGACUUACAUCUUAUCAUGGUGUUUUGGCACCACAUUCUUGACGUAUGUUUUCGUCAUCAUGAAUUCACUGCAAGGGACUUUCAUCUUCUUUGCCUUCUCGUGCAAAAGGAAAAGGUGGAGAACUCUUCUCAGAAACUGCCAAGCUGGCUUGAACACUGUAAGGAAGAAGAACAUUGAGGAAACAACUUCAACACCUGCAACUGAAGAUGACAAACUAUGAAAAUGGGCAGAAUCUCCUACACAUCUAUAAAGGAACAUGAAAGAUCUUUGUUUCUAAGAUGAUUUGGAACUAAUGUCGAUGGAGAAACACGAAAUGACAACUUUGUCGAAAAACUUAGGUGGACUUGAAGGCCAAGAGGACGAAGGUGAGGGAUCCCCAGAAUAAUCAGAAAAUCCCAGAGCCACUGGCAAUGAUGAUCGUCCAGUAAUCUAGCCUUUUAUGUUAUAUACAUUUUAAUGCAAUUAUUAUCAUUCAUAGUGUCGGGAAUUUCGAACUGAUCAUUCGAAAUCCCCGCCAUUUAACUUCACAAGCGUUGCGUUAAAUUGGGGCAAGACUGAGGGAUCUCGCGGGCAAUUCAUUGAGCAGAAAGCUGUCCAAUACGCGACAGAGUUAAGACAUAAUUCUUAAAUGCCUGGCGGGGAAGGAGCGCGUCUUAUAGUAAUGAAGACGAGCUAAAUUGUCUAUGUAGAGAUUUGGAGCCAAGGACUCCGUAGCCAUUCAAGAAUUUGCAGAUUACGGCCUUCAGCCAGAACUUUGAGUCAAUUCAUUGAUCCCAGAUGAUAACUUAACUGUCAUUCUUCCCAUUCACAAGUAAAGUAGAUUCAUUGAUCUCCGUAAUGCCUAAAUAAGCGAUGAUUCCCGCCUGAAUUACAAGGAUUCUGUAAUUUAUGCGGGAAAGUGUAAGUUUCCUUUGAAGUAGGGCGAAGCUACGCCUCAUUCCUGCCCUAGUCCUGAACGGCGUAAAUACCGUGAUGUUUUAGUGUGUCUCUCGAUUCUCCGGCUCCCAGCCAUCGCCAUGCCAGGUCGAAUUCCGUCGUAACUGUAAGUUAUCUUUAUUCAUGUAUAGAUGUGUCAUCCCUGCGAUGAGGGACUUGAUUUGCGCAGCAAACGAAAGCUGCAAGUGUAAGAAUGUCAUUUAUUUGUGAUUUAGAGUAAAUGGGUCUCGAUUUAUUGUGUUUUUUUCUUCCAGCCGUAGACUUAGUGCUUUUCAAGCACAUGAUAUCAAAGACCCUAAGGGCUACCACGUAACAAAGCCAUGAGAGCUUUCAGGUUCCUUGAAUUGAAUUAAUGAGAGUAGUAAGAAACUGCGUGUGCAGUGGAAUUUUGCUAGUAACGUCAAUUUCAGUGUUGGUUCUUAAUGCACAUUGGCUUAGCCGCCCGUGAUGCUCUUUCAUUCAUGUUCAGUGUAUUGUUAAUGUGUUUAAAUGUUUAUUUUUUGUAAUAAAACUGUAUUUU